AGAGUGGAUUGGCCUCCACUUCCCUUUUGGCCGUCCAUCUCUCCUCUCCUCGCUCUCGCUCGCUCGCUCUCUCGCUCGCUGCUCCCAAAUGGCGGCCACCUCGAGCCUCACGGCGACCGCCGCCUCCCCUCCGCUCCUCCUCAAACCCGCCCCUUCCCCGCUCGCUGCCUCCUUUCUCCGGCCCGUCUCUCGCUUCUCCAGGUUCCAGUCCGUCAAGACCAAGGCCACAGAAAAUGAUCAGACCGAAAAGAGUCCUCCGAAGGGAAGCAGCCUUGUCUGCCAGGACUGCGAAGGAAACGGUGCAAUAGUGUGCAACCAGUGCAAGGGAGAUGGGGUGAAUUCUGUCGAUCACUUCAACGGCCGAUUUAAAGCUGGAGCAUUAUGCUGGCUUUGCAGAGGAAAGCGGGAAAUCUUGUGCGGUAGCUGCAAUGGUGCUGGCUUCUUAGGUGGAUUCAUGAGUACUUCCGAUUCAACUGCAGAGUAGUGUGAAUGGUUUAUAUUCUUCUUUUGGUUUGUGUUUGUAUUUUGUAUUUGAGCAAUUUUGAGGAAUCUGUAAUAUUUCCACUUUGUGUCAUCUUGAACAAUUUGUGCUCCAGGAUUGGGGCAAUUUCAGGCACCAAAGCGUAUAACUCUGUAUUAUGUCACUACUAGAAGUAUCUUAUUGCUCUCAGCCUCUCAUAACGAAAGAAACUUAGUUUGGGAACUUAUUAUGAUGAAUAUUAAUUUGUACUGUGUUUU